AUGAGUAAUCCUCAAAAAGCUCUAAACGAUUUUUUAUCUAAUGAAUCCGUCCAUACGCAUGAGAGUUCUAGAAAACAAUCUAAUAAUAGACAGUCGUCUGAGGAGGGACGUUUUUCGUCACAGCCUCCACAUCAUCACUCGGUCGGUAGUAAUAACAACACCACUAAUAAUAACAGCAGUAACGGCAACAGCAAUGAUGGAGGCAGUGAUGACGACUAUGACUAUGAGAUGCAGGAUUAUAGACCAUCACCACAAAGUGCACGUCCGACCCCUACAUACGUUCCUCAGUAUUCUGUAGAAAGUGGAGCGGCUUUCCCGAUCCAAGAGGUUAUCCCUAGCGCGUACAUGAACACACAAGAUUUGAACCAUAAAGACAACGGCCCACCGAGUGCAAAUAGCAAUAGAGCAUUUAGGCCUAGAGGCCAGACCACCGUAUCAGCCAACGUGCUCAACGUUGAGGAUUUCUACAAAAAUGCAGAUGACUCGCACACAAUUCCAGAAUCGCACAUGUCGAGAAGGAGGAGCAGGUCAAGGGCUACCAGUAAUGCUGGACACAGUGCUGCUACGGGCGCUACGAACGGAAGGACUACUGGUGCACAAACAAACAUGGAAAAUAAUGAACCUCCACGAAACGUUCCCAUUAUGGUGAAACCGAAGACAUUAUACCAGAAUCCUCAAACUCCAACGGUUUUGCCUUCCACGUACCAUCCAAUCAAUAAAUGGUCCUCUGUGAAAAAUACAUAUUUGAAGGAGUUUUUGGCCGAGUUUAUGGGGACGAUGGUUAUGAUCAUUUUCGGUAGCGCUGUCGUUUGUCAAGUCAAUGUUGCCGGUAAAAUACAGCAAGAUAGUUUCAACGUGGCCUUGGAUAACCUUAACGUUACCGGUUCUUCUGCAGAGACAGUUGACGCUAUGAAGAGUUUAACUUCGUUGGUAUCAUCCGUUUCAGGCGGUACAUUCGAUGAUGUGGCAUUGGGUUGGGCCGCUGCGGUUGUGAUGGGUUAUUUCUGCGCCGGUGGUAGCGCUAUUUCAGGUGCACAUUUAAAUCCUUCCAUUACAUUAGCCAAUUUGGUAUAUAGAGGUUUUCCCUUGAAAAAAGUGCCAUAUUACUUCGCCGGACAGCUGAUCGGUGCCUUCACAGGCGCUUUGAUUCUGUUUAUCUGGUAUAAAAGAGUCUUGCAAGAGGCAUAUAGUGAUUGGUGGAUGAACGAAAGUGUUGCUGGGAUGUUUUGUGUUUUCCCAAAGCCGUAUCUAAGUUCAGGCCGACAGUUUUUCUCCGAAUUUCUAUGUGGGGCUAUGUUGCAAGCUGGUACAUUUGCGUUGACUGAUCCUUAUACAUGUCUAUCGUCUGAUGUCUUUCCAUUGAUGAUGUUCAUUCUAAUUUUCGUUAUCAAUGCCUCCAUGGCCUAUCAAACAGGUACGGCGAUGAAUUUAGCCCGUGACUUGGGUCCACGCCUUGCCCUGUAUGCGGUUGGGUUUGAUCAUAAGAUGCUUUGGGUACAUCACCACCAUUUCUUUUGGGUACCGAUGGUAGGCCCAUUUGUUGGUGCGCUGAUGGGCGGAUUGGUUUACGAUGUUUGUAUUUACCAAGGCCAUGAAUCUCCAGUCAACUGGUCUUUACCAGUUUAUAAGGAAAUGAUCAUGAGAGCUUGGUUCAGAAGACCUGGUUGGAAAAAGAGAAACAGAGCUAGAAGAACAUCGGACUUGAGUGACUUCUCCUACAAUAACGACGAUGAUGAAGAAUUCGGAGAAAGAAUGGCUCUUCAAAAGACAAAGACUAAGUCAUCCAUUUCAGACAAUGAAAAUGAUGCAGGUGAAAAGAAGGUGCAAUUUAAGUCUGUUCAACGUGGUAAAAGGACCUUUGGUGGUAUACCAACUAUUCUUGAAGAAGAAGACUCUAUUGAAACUGCUUCAUUAGGGGCCAGCACCACAGAUUCCAUCGGAUUGUCUGAUAUAUCAUCAGAAGAUUCACAUUAUGGGAACGUAAAGAAGGUAACAUAG